AUGUCUCAAUCAUCGUACUUUGAUCUCGAGAACGUGAGCUUCAAUCCCCCAGCACCUCCAAUACCCACCACCGAAGCUUCGGAAACUCAAUUAAGAACAGUCGAUUCUUUAAACAUACGAUUAUCCAAUGUGAACAUUUCAGACUCUUCAAGAGAACUCCCACGGGAGCAUCCCAUACCAGAAUUUCCACUAUACGAUCGUCUUCCUCAAGAAACCAGAUGCGAGAUCAUGUACCAGGCUGCGCUUAAAAGCGAACCACGUAUCAUAUCAAUCGACAUUCAGACCAGAUUACAUUCGCCAACUACCAGACGACCCAGCGAUCAAAUUGACGCCUUCCUCCAAGUUGGCGGAAGGCAGAAGAUGCAAGAAGAAGAGUUCAAAUACCUUACUAUAACCCGUGGAUGCGGAUGGCAUGCUCGAGAUCAACUCAUCCUGGACCAAUUCUACUUCCGUCCAGAAAAAGAUAUCCUGUGGUUCUCUGAACAAGGAUUGGAGAAUUACCAGAACAUCAAUAUAUAUCCUUCCGGAAGCGUCAAACGUUUAGCGAUAAGUGUCGAGAAUCUCCAAGAGUUACUGAUUCUUUACAAGGGCCACUUUUCGCUAGACCCCCCUAAACACUCAUCUCUGUUUAUCGGUCAACUACGAAAUCUGGAGCACAUAUACGUAGUAGUUCCGCAUUACGUUUCUAUAAAAGAAAUGUCCAGUGGGAAUCGUGUGCUUGUGGAUUCUGAUGAGCCCAGUGCUUUCGCUAGGAAUAUUCUACUAAUGUGGUGGUUUUCCUGGCUCGAGAAAGAGUCUGAGAAUAUUGGUCGGAAUCCACCGGAGAUUUCUUUCAAACAAUUUCACUGGAGAGGGAUAUCAGAAGAGUAG